AUGUCCAUGUCAAUGGGGGACAUGCCUGCGGGCUCAAUGUCCAUGGGAGAUGGCGUUCCCAGUCUGUUCACCCUACAGAAGAUGUACUGGGCUGCCGUGGGAAGUGUAAUCGGUGCAGCAACUCUUGUUAAUGUGCUGGAUCGCGUUCUUGCUCGGCAUCGCUUGCGAGAUUCUUCACUCACGCCUGCCAAACCAAAAUCACUGUUCUUCAGUAUCUACGCCACUAUCAUAGCAACAACCCGCGAAGUCAGCUAUGCGACUCUACGACCACUCAGACUCGGAGGAUUCACCCUCCAUUUCCCACCACUUGGCCCAGUUCUCAUCAUGCUAGUCAACCUGAUGGUAGUCAUGGUCCUUUGUUUCUAUAAGCUAGACACUCUAGAUCAAUGGCAAUGGGAGAAUGUCGGCUAUCGCAGUGGUUUCAUUGCCAUUUGCCAGCUGCCACUGAUCUUUCUACUAGCAGGCAGGCAGAACAUUAUUGGCUUCUUGGCAGGAAUGAGCUACGUCAGUUUGAACUGGUACCAUCGCUGGGUCGCUAGGAUACUGUGGCUGACUACCACCAUCCAUAUGGGAUUUUGGUUUCGCGAUUGGGGCCGCUGGAACUAUAUCAUCUAUCAGCUUAAUAACAGUGCGUUGGCGAAGCGUGGAUUUGCCGCUUGGGUUAUCCUGACCUUUAUUGUGAUCACUUCCUUCGCUCCAAUUCGCCGUCUUAGUUAUGAGGUCUUUGUCAUCCAGCAUCUAGUCACCUUUGUCGGCUUUAUUGUUGCAGUGUGGAUGCAUGCCCCCGAUGAAGUCAAGGUCUGGGUAUGGAUCCCAAUUGGGCUUGUGGUCUUCGAUAGGCUUGCUCGCUAUGCCUGGGGUGCAUAUGCGAACUUGGCUAUUUUCCACCGAAAGAACAAAACCAACACUCCAUGGGCACAUUCAGCUACAUUUACCCCGUUACCUGGAAAUGUCACCUGUGUUACUAUCGAAAACCCCAGUAUCAGUUGGCAACCUGGUCAGCACGUCUUCCUCACUUGCCACUCUAUUGUUCCAUUGCAAUGUCAUCCAUUCACUAUCGCAUCUAUCCCAGAAGAUAACAAGAUGAAGUUCUUUAUCCGCGCUGAGAAUGGGGGAACCCGACGGUUUUUCCGAUAUGCCUCAAAGACCGGUAAUAUAUUGGGGAAUGAACAAGCAGCGGGGAUGUCCAGCACAACAGUUUUUAUCGAUGGGCCAUACGGAAGCAUCCGCCCCUUGCGUCAAUUUGACAGUGUUAUACUGUUGGCAGGUGGCAUGGGCGCGACAUUCACAAUACCUCUUCUGCGGGACGUUGUCUCGGCAUGGAAGAUGGAGAGCAACGGCAACAAAGAGCAGAUACCCGCUCGCACCACUCGUCUAGCAGCCACUAAGCGGUUGCGGUUUGUCUGGGUAAUCAAGUCACGUUAUCAACUGAGUUACUUUGAGCCUGAGCUGCAUUCUCUGCUGGCAGAUGUUAAUGAGUGCCGACGCACGCAUUCAAAUUUCGAGAAGGAGAUUGAGAUUAGCAUUUAUAUCACAUGCGAUGAAAGGCUCGAUCCACCUAUCGCCACCUCAGUCCCAUUGCAGACACAGCCACUCCCUCCGCUGGAGACUUUAACACAAGAUGAGACUAAGAACAUGUUUGAGAAAGAAAAUAUCUCAAUUCAUUCUGUCUCUGACGAGUCAACAUCGACUCCAGGCCCCGUGGUCACAAGCAGUGGAUGUCUCCCUGGUGGAGGCUGCUGUUGCACUGCCCAAAUUGAAGAUGAGGAGAUCAGCACUGCUUGUGCCUGUACCUGCUCCGGCCCAGAACCUGCUCAGCCUGAGAAGGCUGCUCUGGAUGUGAAAGCCCUCCUGCCUGAAGAUCCCACAAGCAAGUCAAUUACUUAUCCCAAUAUUAUCUCUGGUCGUCCCACGCCACGAACUAUCAUCCGCAAGGUCUUAGAGAAAGCCGAAGGAGAAAGCGCCGUUGUUGUGUGCGGACCUCGUGGCCUAGCAGACGAUGUCCGCCGUAGCGUGGUUUCUCUGAGCGACGAACGAGCUGUACACAAAGGAACUGGCGCGCAGGGGAUCUACUUACAUGUUGAGAACUUUGGUUUAUGA